UUCUUUAUACUGAACGACCUCGGCCUCCAAAGCUUUAUUGGUCUCGGCAAGAUUCAACCGAAUCUCUUCAUUAUCAGCUAAAGCCUGCUGAGAGGAGGAGUACUCAGUCUGCACCCUCUUCACCUCGAGUAUAGGCUCCAUAGCUAGUCUUCAGAGCAUCAUCAUGGAUCAAAUUUGGAGCUCCGCGUAGCACCACCACAAAGACUCGAGGUCUAGGUUGCUGAUUGCAUCCUUUCUUGAAUCAGAAAGCAAGUCAGGGGCUACCACUCGUCCAGCAUGAACCCCUGGGAUGAGGAAGGUGUUGAAUAAUAUGGCUGGAGGAAUAGCAGAGUUUGAAGAACUGCUGCCACCAGCCAUCACAUCACCUCGAGCUUGACUUCAUGCCUCAUCUGUACCACUCGGUCUACCCGAAUGGGAAUGCUUUCUUUUUUUCUCCCUCUCGGUCUCUUUUUCUUUUUCCUUGCCUUUUUCUUUGCACCUCUUGGGCUGAUUGUCGACAAUGGCAAGGUCUCGGGGAGGAGGAUGAAGCUCGGUUACCUCUGGCAUAUGGUUAAGUUGAGGGUUUCGGUGCUCCUCAAUUGGUGUGUUUUCAGGAAUUCUGGUCUUCAAGGUUUGACAAUAUGUCGGUACGUUGACACCACGUUGAGCCAUUAGACCUACAUUAAAAACAAAAAGUCAAAUCAAUACAACUUGACUCAAAAACAAUCAUAAGGACGAAACAUACCAUCCAUGUUUAGACGAGGAUGAGGAGAUUUUAACACUAGAAGUAUGUGUCGGGCAAGAAGCUCUCGGAGAAGAGACUUCAAGUAAUCAAAAGCCGAUAACUCUCUGGCCGACAACAAGUCCUCGGGAAUCAAGUCAUACCAGCAAGGCACUCGGGUCCAGUGGAAGGGAAAGAGGGGAUUGUUUUCACUAUCAAAAAAAUAAUUUCUACCUACAGGGUGGACGGUUACUUUGAAGUAGCCAGUCUUGAAACCCUUAAAAGACGAAGCAUAAGGCCUGGGCAAUUCGGUUGUCUUAUUAAAGAUACUCACCUUGCUAAAUCUGAUGGAUGAGUACAGAAGAAGUGCAAAAAUAAACUUACACUAGGUUCUAUAUAAUGAAAUUUACAAAGUACCCUAAAUACUUGUAUCGCCGCCCACCCAUUCGGAUGAAGUUGUGUCGGCGCUACAUUCAGAACCCUCAACACUCCCAUUUGGAAUUCAUCGAAGGAUAACCUUAUUCCUAAUUCCCUAAACAUAUAUUCAUACAUAAAAAAGGUGUCGGUCAUCCCGACGCCUCCUACAAAAACAAAAUCAGGGUUCCCGGUUUCCUUUCCUCGGCAAGGGUUGAUGGAUAUCGGGUAGGGAUCAGAAGGUUCGCAUAAUAAAAUUUCACAAUGGUUAACAAAAGACUGAAGACUCCUAUUUUUUCUAAAUUGAGAGAAGUAGGCGGUUACUUCACCGUGUACCAACUUGUAUCUAGGAACUGUAGAGGAAGGGAAUACUGGUCUUUCCCUAGGGGGCUCAUGCUCGGUAGGAGUUCGAAAAAAUCAGAAUCAGUAGACUCAGACGAUUCAGCUUCGUCAUUGCAUUCCCUAAAGUGAGUCUCUACUCCUUCAUUUACCCCACUCGGUCUUGAAGAAAAUUUCACCCCCUUUGGUUCUCUCAGCAUUCCAACCAUCAAUACUAGUUGGCCCAGAUGAAUUUGACAAUGAGUUCGCCCAUUCUAAGGAUUCGGCCAUGGUAAAAUAAGAAAGAGAAGAAAGGAAGACUAAACUUACCUUACAGGUAGUUGGUUUGGAAGGAAAAGAAAUCUUUAAAAAUUUGGCUACCCUUCGGUUCGGAGCAACGGUGUAUACCCCUCAGUUCAGAGAAAAAAUGAGUAAAAGAAGCAUGGUUCACCACGUAUUUAUAGAACUGUGGCUUCGGACAGGCGAAGGGCCGCAUCCCUUCCAGACCGACAGAUCUCUUCCAUAUCAAACGGUUGAGAUCGAACACCCUUUCGUUUCGUACACACACAUCGAGGAAACACUAAAAAAUCUGAAAUUCUAGAAUUAUCUUUUUCCAUUAUUUAUUAUUAAUUUAUUUAUUUUAUUCUUGUGGUUUUUAGCCACACGAUCUACACCACUUUUUCGUUAAACCGAAAACCCCUUUCGGUAUGCAUUCUUCAGUCCACCAAAUACCUAGUCUACUUACUACACCUUAACUGAGUACCCUACUCGGUCUGCCUACGUUACUUAAACUGAAUACUCCCCUCGGUAUUCCUACUAAUCCUACAAAUCGAGUACCAUCUCAUCUACAUGUGCAUGAUGCUUGUAUAUUAUUAAGCCCUUACCUUGUACUUCUUCAGGCUUGGGAGGCUAGUGUACUGGAUAGGGAACUGCUUGGUCCUACAUAUAGGAAAAAGAAACCGAGCACCUAUUCGGCUGAAUAUCUUUUGUCAAGAUUAAAAGGUAAUUAACCCAAUUAAGAGUAAUUAUCUACUUUGAAUAAAUGGCCAAAUUUAAGACUGACUCAGCAGACCCAUUAGGCCAUAACAAUGCUUAUAAAAGGAAGGUAGGAAGUAUAGGUAAAUAGUUAACUUUUUAUUAUUAAAUAGUAUUUAUUGCUCAGAACCGAAUCUGACUUCAGCAUCGGAGUGACUUUUGCAGGUACCCUCUCCACGUCAACAAUAGUCAGAAGAACGUCACUGUUUCGUAAGAGAGACUUAAAGAUUAAUAUUUCUUUAGCUGAACACUUUUUAAAAUCUUAAAUUAGCUCAAUUAUUUUUAGGCCAAAGUCGAGUCUAAAGAACCGAACAUCUAAUGACAUAUUCGAAGUCUAAUCUCUUCUUCUAAUAACAUGACCUUAUAACGAGACAUUUUAAUGACGCGAUUUGAAUCUCAACAGAACUAAUGUAAAAUUUGUUUACGUGUAAAAACGGAGUUAAAUCGGACGAUUGUUAAACACCUUUCAUAAAUGAAAGGCGUAGGGUCAACGCUAUUAUGACAAAUAAGAAUAUGAUACGUAAUGCAAGCGAGUUUUCAAUAAAAGAAAACUCCUGAACAUCAUAAUUUAUCUAUUCCAAAUUAAAAAUAAAUAAAUAACACGCCGACAUUUGCGACUUCUGAAAUUCUCCUUCAUGUGCUACUGCUGUAAAAAGAAGAAGAAAAAAAAAAAGAAAAGGAAAAAGAAAAACGAAAACACAACGUGUUACGAUGUUGUCUUUAGUUUUAGCGGGAAGAAAAAAUAGAGAGAAAAUAAACCAUUGUGCGUGGGGUAACCAAAUAAAAAAAAAAAAAAAACUAAAACGGCAUCGUAGAGACCUCGAGAGUGUAUCCGCGAAAAGAAGGAAAUCGCAAUCGUCAUCUCCGAUCUCAGACUAAAUAUUUUUUCCAUCUAUACCCUUUAUUCCUUCGUCGAUUUCGAAGCCUUUCUUCUUCUUCCUCUAUAAGUGUUGUGAACUAUUCAGAUUCAGAUGUGCUGAAGCGAGUCACACAUGGCGACGACAAGGUCACCGAACCGUUCUUCCGAGGACGCCGCCGAUCCAACGCCGUUGAUCGCGUCUUCCUCCGACGACUCCAAUUCCGGUCGCCGAAUCCUCCACCGGCCGAGUCUCCGACAGGCGGCGCAGUUCCUUCGACAGGCGAGUGGGCGGAGGUUGAUGCGCGAACCGUCUAUGGUGGUGAGGGAGGCGGCGGCGGAGCAAUUGGAGGAGAGGCAGAGCGAUUGGGCCUACUCGAGGCCCGUCGUGGUUCUCGACAUUCUCUGGAACUUCGCAUUCGUCGUUGCAGCCGUUACGGUCUUGGUUUUGGGUCGCAGUGAGAAUCCGAACGUGCCUCUUCGGUUGUGGAUUGUAGGUUACGCUUUGCAGUGCGUGCUUCAUGUUGUGUGCGUUUGCGUCGAGUACCGGAGGCGCAUCCGCCGCCGGGAACUGUCAGACGCCAACGCCGCCGUUGCAGUUGGUGGCAGUGCGGAUUUGAGUGUGGAUGGUUCUGGACAGUAUGUAUCGUUGGCGCAGUUAGAUGACGAUGGAAUGAGUACAGCGAAGCAUUUGGAAUCUGCCAACACAAUGUUUUCGUUUAUUUGGUGGGUUGUCGGAUUCUAUUGGGUGUCAGCUGAUAGUCAAGCUUUAGUCCAAGAUUCUCCUCAGCUUUACUGGUUAUGUAUAGUCUUCCUGGGUUUUGAUGUCUUCUUUGUCGUUUUCUGUAUUGCGCUGGCAUGCAUCAUUGGUAUUGCUGUUUGCUGUUGUCUUCCGUGUAUAAUUGCACUCCUUUAUGCAGUUGCAGACCAGGAAGGGGCCUCAAAAGAAGACAUUGAGAAGUUGUCAAAAUUCAAGUUCCAAAGAACUGAAACUAAUGAGAAACUUACACAAGGACCUGUUGGAGGAAUAAUGACUGAAUGCAAUUCUGAUUCUCCUAUUGAACAUGUUCUUUCUGAUGAGGAUGCGGAAUGUUGCAUAUGCCUUUCUGCUUAUGAUGAUGGGGUUGACCUUCGACAACUUCCUUGUGGUCACCAUUUUCACUGUGCCUGUGUGGACAAAUGGCUGUAUAUAAAUGCUACUUGCCCUCUCUGCAAGUAUAACAUCUUGAAAAGUAGCAGUCAUGGUCAAGACGAAGUGUAGAAAAUUUCAGAAAAGUUGGUAGCAGCCAUGUUGGGGAAUUUGCACUCUUUUGGUUCGCCGUAUGCUAGGUCCAGCGUGUUAAUAUACUUUAAUACAGGCCCUCAUUGUAGUUGCUGCUGCUAUCUUGUAGUGGCAGGUGUUUUGAUUUUUGUUAUGGUGGCUUCUUACUAGUUGUGUAUAUCUUCUCAUUGUAUACCGGCAAUAUUUCUUGAGGCAAGUGGUUGUCAAUUUUUAAUCUUCAUUAUUACUGUUCUUUUGAGGGUAUACUGUUCAACCCCGGAGGAAGAUUAUAUUAUGUCUCAGGUGUACCGGUUGGGCUGGGUCAAUUCAACCAUCCUCCUUGAAUGUUACCGUUAGUGAGAUUCCUAAUUCAAAUUGAAGCUGUCUUUAUUGCUGACAUUUGAUUAUUUUAUUUACGACUAGCUCCAUAGGUUACUGAUUCUAGUGCUGAAGAAUGAAACCAAAAUAAUGAGUGGCUACAAGGGAAUCCAAAGAAGAACUGGAUGUUUAUGGUCAUCUAGAGUCAAUAGUCCGAAUUGUGGCUUUGCUUUCAUCUGAUAUUGGUGGCAUGAUUGGAGUUUAAUAGAUUCCAAAUGUAGUUUAUAUCAAUGCCUCUUGCAUGAACAUUCUGGAAAUAGUUCGAAGGAUUUAGGGUUAGGGUUUGACAUCAAUUCUGAAUGUUACAUUGGAUAAUGGUGACUGAUUUUAUGUCCAUCACGAGUCUCACAAGCCUAUUUGUGAUUUAAAUAUGGCGAUCAUUAUAAACUCUUAACGCUACGUAG